AUGGGGAGAGGGACAGGCUGCGCCGCAGUCGCUGAAGGGAAAACAUCCGAGUCGCCGCUUGACGCCAGCUACAACGUCGCCGUGUGCAUGCCUGAAAAUGCUGCGGCCACGGGGCUUCCAUCGCCCGUCUCUGGCGCGGGCUCCAACCUUCAGCCCCGCUCUGAGGAAGAGUCCGACGAGACUGCGCCCUGUCCCUUGUCUCUGUCCCCUGGGGAGGGGGACGCCGUCCCCCCGCUGCUGGGGGGGAGUCGCACGCCCAGUGUGAUCGAGAAGUCUGCGGCGGGCCCUCUCGAGCGGUUUCUCGCCUGGUGCUGCGUGGGGUGUCUCCGGAAGGUUUUUUCGCGGACUCGAUGGCACUACCUCUUCUUCAUCUCCAUCUACUCCGUCUUGAUCGGGCCGCUCUACCUGAACUGGGCACCACUGCGCCAGGUUCUCUUCAGAAGUGGUGCCUACAAGUGGGAGUGCGACGUCAACGAGACCGACCCGACGUCUCUGCGAUACAUACACCCCGACCACGACACCUGCGUCCAACAGCGGCUCCACGUUGGGCAUUUGUUCACAGUUUGCGCCGCGGCCGACUACGGCUUUUCCUUCUUUGGCGGACUGGUCAUGGACGUCCUCGGACCCAAGAUUGCGUCGCUGCUGGGCUCCUCGUUGAUGCUCACCGGCUGGGUGCUCAUUUCCGUUUCCACAGAGGCGAUCCAGUUGCUCAUCCCUGGAUUCGUAUUCUUUGGCCUCGGCAUCGACAUGGCCUUCUACGGGACGCUGUCCGUCGCGGCGCUCUUCCCUGGCCACGAAAACGCCGUCAUGGCCGUCGUCGUGGCGAUGCGAGCUCUGUCCUACAUGACGCCAGUCGUGCUGGACAGUCUCACGGACGUCCUCCCCCACCUCGCCGUCAUGCUCGGAUUCGCCCUCCUGGGUCUGCUCCCCGCGGUGCUGAUUGCCAUCGUGUACGCGCCCUGGAAACCGUUCCCCAAGGUCACCAGGCCUGCGGCCCCCACAGACGACCCUCUGGCGGCGUACCCCUCGCUGGACCUGGCGAGUGUGUCCCAGCGGCGCUCGUCUCUCUGCCUCUACUGCGCCUCGUGCGGCCGACAGAUUGCCCCAGAGGGCGAAGCCUCGGCGAGAGCCGAUGAGAUCGGAGACGAAGAAAGCUGUCCAGCUGCCAGCCGAGCGCGCGUAAGCGAGGCCGCCUCGAUGGGAUCACCUUCUGUGUGUCGCCGCGGCGUCAGCGUUCACUCGGGCAUGGCCCCCGUUCGCUGUCGCGCGUGUCGAGGCAGCGAAUCCGGAUUUCCAGAAGGCGGCUUAGUCGGAGAGCUCUCGGCGGACUUAAACGAUGAACAGCGCCAUCUGGAGCACCAGCUCGGGCAGUUCGCUGGCCGCGGCGCUGCGGCGGAGGGCGCCCUCGCCGCCGCCGCCGUUGCGGUUCGGCUUAUAAGCGGAGAGUCCUCGCUCGUGGGUCCCCCAGCCGUGCUGGGAGAGAGCCGGGAGGACCGCGAGGAGCGGGGCAGGAAGUCGUUUCGCGAGCGCGUGGAGGAGGGGGAGAAGCGGUCGAGUGUUACAGAGAUGCUGAGAAGGCUGUCAAGUCGCGAACUGGGACGUGGCGCGGCUGGGGGCCAAGCGGACGUGCCCGGAGCGGGUAACGCCAACGGCGUCGCGGCGCCUCACGGGGUAGUCGAGGGCGCCGAGGAAUCCAGGGAAGGCAUGGGUCGCCCCGAGACUGCGCCAGGGCGCCAUGAUGCGGGAUCGCCAGUCCACACGCCGACAGUCAGUCACGGGGCGAGACCCGCAGCGGACGGCGUACUGGGACAGGAGACGGACGGAGCACGAAGCCGUCUCUCAAUUUCGGUCAGAAGUGUCGAGGGGCGCGUGUCCAGCGUCAGCAGUGGGACAGGCGCGUUUUCCCCCAGUCUGGCGGUUGGCAGCCUCUCGAAGAACCGCUCGAGUGGAACGCAGCGGGGCGCUGAGAGCCGGGAUGAGAGGUGGGACAGCGUCGGCACUGGCGGGGGCAUGCACUUGCAGCCACCCUCUUCGGCUUUGUCGUCGUACACGAUGGCGUCUGCCAUGUCGCUUGAGCAGGCACCGAGUUUGCGGCACUAUCCGCCGACGUGUCUGGGGAGACUCUGCUUUGUCCGACACACUCUGCAAACGCAUCCGUACGUGGUGGAGAGCCUCGCGUUCAUCCGCGACUUCAUUUUCUCUCCGAUGUAUCUCCCGAUCGUGCCCUACUUCACGAUUGCGCUCAUCCGAGCCGUGUACUUCAACGACGCCUCGGAAGACCUGGUGCCUCGCACGCUGCGGUUUCUUCACAUUGUUCUUGGAUUUGUGUUUGUGGCGCCCCCGUUUGCGGGUGUCAUUGCAGACUACUGUGGCAUCAUUGUGUGCAUGCUGCUGAUCAACACGUGCGGCACUCUAGUCAUCGUCGCGGCGUUCAUCGCGUACCAAGCGGACGUCAUCUUCUUCGAGUAUGUCGCCUCCUUCAUGUUUAUGCUGAACAUGGCGCUCAUGACCAACCAAGUGUACUUCUUCGUCGCCGAUACGUUUCCCCAGCGUCACCUCGGCAAGCUGUGUGGCUUUGCGUGCACGAUCGGAGGCGUCAUCUCCCUCUGCGUGACGGCCAUGUUUGAGUUCUCAGUCAAAACCGAGGGUGGGUUCACAAUCAUGCUGAGUCUCCUGAUGGGGCUCUCAGUGGUGACCUACUUUCUCAUCUGGCUGCUGCAAAUCACCGCGAAACGUGCGCGCAGAGAGAAAACCGCGCUCGCCGGCCAUCCCCAGGGUGACAGUGAGGACACAGCCCACGACGCGAGGUCCGACUCUCCAAAAGAGCGCAGGGACUCGGCGAUGAACCCUGCGGACCCGAGAAGCCCCUCUGGAGCCCGAGACGCAAACGCUCAGCCCCAGCCUCGGAAGAGCCUGUCUGCCGCCUUCGGCCUCGCCUCUGAUGCUGUGUGA